AAAUGGAAAUCGAACAGAACUGCGAAAGUUGAAAUUUUGUUAACAACUAUUACUUGCCGGGGAAACAACAAAAAAAAAAACAAUAAAUACUUGUACAAUAACGAAACUAACGCUAUUUUCAACAGGAUUCAUUCUGCGAAAAACCAAAAAGCGUUUGAAUUUUAUUUAAUCCCUUACAAACUGGAAAUUUCGCAAAUCUGGAUGAAACUAGCGAAGUUAUGAUUGCCGCCUCUGAACCUUUGGAGUUCAUUCCUCGGGGUCGUCAGGCGGUUGAGGAGCAUCCGGGUCCCACCGAUGUAAAAGCGCACAAUCACUUAUCCACAGAACAUGUGCUGCUACAACGCAUGCAGAAUGUGAAUAUUUCCGCAUCGGAUGAGCAUAAUGAAUUUUGGUGUGUGCGUGAAAUUUUCGAGGAUUUGAAUGAAGAUAUAGCAAGAGCGCGUGGCAAUCAUUACAAUGAACAAAAGCAUGGGCAAAACAAUAAGCCAACAAAUGCGCAGUGCGACAAAGAUGAAGGUGACAAUGAAGCAUAUUUGCUGCAGCAACAGCGUGUGGCACUUGCGGAUGUCGAUUAUAUGUGCGAGUAUCUUGUUAAUUCCGAAGAGGAAUUAUACGUAAAAAAGAACACAGCAGUGUGGACAAAAGGCCUAUUAGAUGAGAAUGGCGUUAUGCCGCGUUUAUGCUUCACCUGUGAGACACCAAUCAAAUUUGCUUUCUUCUGCAGUAAGUCAUUUGUAACGGGUAAGCGCGAUGCACGUAGUCAAAGCAAAGGUACCAACAAAAAGUCAUAUUCGGAGGAGGAAGAAGACUUUAGCGCAAUUUGCCUAAUCGAUCAGUCAGCACUCCACAUUUACUGCAGUAACGGUGAAGAUUACCUCUGUAAUCUCGAAUUCCCGGUGUCGCAUGUGUGGCCAACGUCAUUUGGCAUACUUUUGGAGAAAGUAGCCUCCAGCGCCAUUAUACAGAAUCACGCAAUUUCAAUGCCGCGUCUCUUCUCGCUCGCACAUCCAUUACAAGAAAUAUGCCCGGUGAUCUGUAAAACGUCAACAAAUGUUGGCUAUCUCGUUGAGUCCGACUACAAUAUAAUCUACACUUCGGAAAGCUCAGAUCUUGUGCUGUUAUAUGACAACAGAAUAGGCAAGCAAUUUAUUGCGCGUUUACGUAAAGCCACCGAAGAGGAGAUACAAUAUGUGGGCAUACAAAAUGAAACUGCGCUUGGCGGCACAGUUGGUGGACUGCCGCAACACUCUUUAAAUCGUGGUGCUGGUAGCGGUAUUGGUGGACAAGCUACACCAAAACACAGUACCGCACAUUUGGGACGCUCCAGCUUGGGUAAUCCUAAUUAUUCUGCGCAUAUUGGCAAAUUUUUAACAAGCGCGCAUUCGCUGAGUGGUGCUUUUGGUAACUUAAAUCGUACUGCUUCGCCCUUAAAUCACUUGCAGUCCACUAUUGGUCAGCACUCUAUAUCAAUGCAAGAUAUAAGAAAAGUGGGACAAGCGCAGCCCUCAAAGCCCAUAGUACCGGAGUUGUGUUUGGAACACAUAUGGACCGAAAGCACGCAUGGAAGCAAUCGUGAAUUUGGCGAAAUCUCCAACCGCGCUUUUAUACACACCGACUUGGUGGGACAAACAUACUUCUGCUAUUUACUACCUUUCUCCUGUAAGCUACAGCUGGUGCGGCUCGUUAACUAUGGCACGAAAGAGCUUAAAAUAUCAAGCAAAAGCUUAAGCAUACCCGCCAAAGAUGCGGUGUCAUUAGAGCGUCUGCGCAUGAUUGCCGUUUUGGAUCCUUCCGGCAGUUUAAUCUUAUAUACCGGCGCUGUUUUGGUGUCCAAAGUGCAUGUGGCAGCAGCAAUGGGUAGCACUAGUGUAUGUGCGGGCAAUUUGACGCCAACAGCGAAUGCAACGGCAAGCACACUCGCUGGAAAAUCACCAAACACAUCGUUUCCACGACGUAGCAGCCUCUUACCCACAAUACAGAAGCCCGCCGAUACAACGUUCGAAGAAGAAUUACAUCUUUUAUCGCCCGUACAUCCGCUACAACCACAAUUUCCCAAUCGUAAAAACAGCAACAUUUGCUUGAGUUUGCGCGAUCCGGCUGGCAAUCGCUUGACUUUGGUCUACCCAUUCGGGAAAAUGUAUCGCAUUGAGUUACCACAAAUUAAUGAAACCAAAUUCAUUUCACGUUGUAUGGGUGCGAUGCGUCGUAUUUUGAAUAGGACACAAUUCAUGCAGCUCAUAACGCGUUGGUAUGGCGCACGUAAUCCGCCGGGUUCGCGCGACUACAGCGGCGCACAAGAGUGGGAUAUUUUUCGCAAUGUGCUCACCGAUCUCAUGGGUUGCGGUGCAGCCACACAUGAGCCUACCAAUAACGCUUCAUAUUCCUAUAAUGCUGAUGAGCCGAAGAAGCGACGUAAAAACGAUGAAAUCACUGAAGGUACCGUUGCGGAUUGGGAAUUUAUGUUGGCUGUGCUCGAUAAAGAUGGUAGCGGUUGCGCUAACGAUGGUACAAAAAUGGAAACGGAACAUGCUGCGGCAGCGGUGUGCAAUAUUGAUGUGAGCGCAAGUUUGUUUAGCUGCUUGCCGGCCAUCUUCUAUGGUUUACAUUUGUUGUAUGAAGACUUUAAGCUGGAUGAAACCAUGCAUGAUUGCUUGCCAUAUUUGGCUAAGUUUCUUCAUCAAUUCGCACUCGAUAUGCAACUGACAACAUAUACAUUUCAUUAUACCUUGGAUUUUCCACAUUUCGUAUACUCAACGAAAAAAUUGUGCCAGCUUACAGAGGAGCAUGCCACGCAUAUGCGCUCCAAAGAGCUGCUGCAAAGUGUUGCACCAAGCGUUUACAAGCAGUUGGAACAUAUUUUGAAGAGCAGAGACACAUCACAGUACACAUAUGUGGAGGGUCUAAACGAUUUGAGUCGAAAUGUGCUACAGGUCAUCUCACUGAUAAUGCAUGGCACAGAAAGAAUUAAGGACUGGAUUAAACCGUUAGAAUUCGCCGACUCAGUGCAUUCGUACUACCCGAAACGACCAAAACGUUUUAUAUCCACGAAUGUGCCGCGUUCGGAACAAGUCAUACAAAUGUUAUUAAAUAUGGGUAUCACACGCGCUGACAUCGCACGUUUGCCCGUCGCACUGCAUCUCAUCAUCGCUGAGUGUUUGGAGCAAGCACGUCUCUCGCCGCCUAUCGGCUGUUCAGCCGCCACUUAUGAGCUAAUCUUACGCACAGAGUUAGUUGCACAUGCGCUUUUGCAGGACAAUUCACCGGCUAACGGGGUGAGUCGGCCGCAACAGAAGUCGCAUGUUGACGCCGAAGAUUCGCUGUCGGCACGUUGUCCACCCGCCACGAAUGGCAUAUCACACAUGGAGGCCGCACUCGACGAUGGCAUGGAUAAUAUCGACACUAAAUUGCUCAAUUUACGCUUUCCCGAUGACAUGCGCAUUGCCGAAGUGCGUCGCUUGCUCACGUCCUCGGAACCGGUGCUCAUUGAUAUUGUGCAGAAACCCGGCAUGACCGAUCAUCGUUUCAUUGAGGAGCAGGAGCGGCAGCUAUUCGCCUUGUGCAAACGCACAAUGGCGCUACCGUUAGGGCGUGGCAUGUUUACGCUGCGCACCUCCAUACCAACACCCACCGAACUGAUGCCGAUACCGAAGUUGUGCCUGUCGGGCAAGGAGCCUGUCAAGGGCGCCACAGUUGAAAUGCAGCAAAUUGAAUUGCCACCCAAUAUGAGUCUGUGGCCAUCGUUCCACAAUGGUGUGGCGGCUGGUUUGAAAAUUUCACCAAAUGCACGCGAUGUGGACUCCACGUGGAUCGUUUACAAUAAACCGAAGGGUCAAGAAGAUGUCUCCACCGAACAUGCUGGCUUUCUUAUGGGUCUCGGUCUGAAUGGUCAUCUCAAAACACUCUCUUUCAUGAGUAUUUAUGAAUAUUUGGUGAAGUGCGAAGAGAUGACGAGCGUCGGUUUACUGCUGGGCAUCUCCGCCACACAUCGCGGCACUAUGGAUACUACAACCACGAAACUGUUGAGCGUGCAUAUUGAAGCGCUGUUGCCCACUACGGCGCUGGAGUUGGACAUACCACAGAAUAUCCAGGUGGCUUCAUUGAUGGGUAUUGGAUUCUUGUAUCAGGGCUCUGCCAAGCGACACAUAGCCGAGGUUUUGCUGCAGGAAGUCGGUCGUCCACCUGGACCCGAAAUGGAGAACAGCGUUGAGCGCGAGUCGUAUGCUUUAACCGCCGGCCUUGCUUUGGGCUUGGUGACUUUAGGUCUGGGUGAGUCGCCAGCCGGUUUACUUGAUCUGCAAAUACCCGACACGCUGCACUAUUACAUGGUCGGCGGCAAUAAGCGUCAACUCACCGGCUCACAAAAGGAGAAAUACAAACUGCCUUCGUUUCAAGUGCGCGAAGGCGACAACGUCAACAUCGAUGUAACUGCGCCGGGUGCGACACUAGCACUCGGUCUCAUGUUCUUCAACACCGGUAAUCGUGCCGUUGCCGAAUGGAUGAAUCCACCGAAUACACAUUAUCUACUCGAUUUGGUACGACCCGACUUGCUGAUGCUGCGCACUAUAGCACGCGGUCUAAUACUCUGGUCCGACAUAAGGUCCGACACUGAUUGGUUGUUCGGACAGUUUCCGUCAAAUUUCAAAAUUGAUCUGGAACGUCCCUAUUACUGGGGCGAUAAGUACGAGACGAGCGUGGAUUAUGAAUCGGAAGCUCAGGCCUGGUGCAACGUCAUUGCGGGCGCCUCAUUCUGUAUGGGUCUGAAAUAUGCUGGCAGCGAGAAUCAGGAAGCUUUUAAAACCUUACAUAAAGCACUAAAGACAUUUAUUGGCUUCCAAAGUAAACACGUAUUCGAAUUUGCUGGCUACACAACUGUGGAGAAUUGUCUUAUGGUUAUUCUAGUCUCGAUAUCUUUGGUAUUCGCUGGCUCCGGUGACUUGGAAGUGCUACGUAUCAUACGCUAUUUGCGUUCGCGCAUCAGUUUUCGCGAUCGUUGUCGUGUCAAUUAUAAUCCGAAUGUUACAUUCGGCUCACAGAUGGCCAUACACAUGUCGCUGGGUUUGUUGUUUUUGGGCGCUGGUCGUUAUACCAUUGCGAAUACACCGGAAGCUGUGGCGGCGCUCAUAUGUGCCUUCUUUCCGAAAUUUCCAAAUCACAGCAACGAUAAUAGAUAUCAUUUACAAGCAUUCCGUCACUUAUAUGUGCUCGCCGUUGAGCCACGUCUCUUUCUGCCACGCGACAUCGACACGAAGAAGUUAUGUCUCUGUCAAAUAUCAGUGCUGGAGGUGGGCAGUAAGGAGUUGCGACGCCUACCAAUGGCACCUUGUAUGCUGCCGCCAUUGCACACUUUGCAGAAGGUGAUUGUGGACGAUGCCAAUUAUUGGCCGGUUUGCUUCGAGAAGCAGCGCAAUUGGUCGCAGUUACUCAAAGCGCUGGAGAAUUCCGCCUGCAUAGACAUUAAGAAACGUUCCGGUUGCCUAUCGCAUCUCGAGGAUCCCGAUCGUCUGAAGAGUCUGUUUGCGCAAACUCUCACCACAGAACAGUAUACAUGUUGGCAUGUGAAUGCCACGGCAUUGGAGCGUUUCUCAAAUGAUCCAUUUGUUACUAGUUUCACGGAUCGUUUCCUGCACAUCGACGCGGAGAUUAUCACGCAAGAUGAAUUGCUCAAAAUACAACAGUUGACGAUGCUCUUCUACAAUGCCGUCAUCAAGGAUAAGAUGCAUGUGUUGCCCAUUUAUUUGACGACAUUCAAUCUCAUACAACGCGUACAACGCAAACCCGAAUGCAAUGAUAUUUGGCAAAUAAAAUUAAUUGAUUUGUAUAUGGAAAAGUAUACGCAGCCGCACACACUCAUAACUGCCGAAUUGAUGGGUGCGCUCUUGGAGAAAUUUAAAGUGUUCAUCGAGAAUACACGUCGAGCCAUGGCGUCUAUUUUGCGUAGCUUCAUCAGCAGCAACAGCUUGGCGCCAAGUAUUAUCAACGAAUUGUCUGCGGUGGAAUUGGCACGACUCUUUUCCGUGGUGAAUUUCUAUAAUUUAACGCCGAACUUGUUGAUUUUGGUUGACCUAAGCGGUACAGUUAACUACAUAAGGUAUUUAUAUGAGUUUAAAAAGCUCAACUUGGACGUGAAAACCAUACAUUGUUUAAUUAAAAUAUUACUGCAAACCAGUAACAGUGAAGCUACUUAGAGGUUAAAGGUCAGCAAAUUUGCUGUAACUUAAAACCUAAUAAAAUCAGCCUUUCAGAAACAAAUGAAAAAAAACUAUGCUUGUUAACAGUUCGAAGUUGAUGAUUUUUUAUGUUGAAAUAUAAAUAUUUAUUGCACAAAUACGCUGCAAAUGCAGA